AUGAAGGAAAACUGGUGCUCGAAAGACCUCUCGGAGCACGAGGAGCUGAAAAGGACACAUCUGCUUUUGCCAUCGCACCGGCUGCUCAGUCAGGCGAAUUGCAUCCUUGAGAUGCUGUCUCGAAUGUCCAGUCAGGGCGGUACAGGCGUCGGACAGUCGAAUCGAGUGCCUGCUUUGCCGUCGACCCCCGCGACGGCCAGCUCUCCCGCGGGGCAGUUGGCAACCGACAGCUUUUCCACGUCGACCGGGUUUGGCGUCAGCAGU